UACUAAACAUUAUCUCACACCAAUAAAUGUUUUCGGUAUCUUGAUGUAUUAUAUCACACAAUAUUUAAUAUGAAUUAGUAUUGUAUGCGCUCUUGAACAGUGAUAGUGAUGGCGGGUAAGGUGAAUCAAGAUUUGCUCAACGAAAGAGCUAAGUGUAACUUUGAUGUGGAGGAGUUAACUAAUUUGUUGGACGAUGGAGCUGAGCAAACUAAAAAAAGAAGAACCUUAGAACAAAACGUUCUAAGCAUAAAAGGAUUACUAGAUGAUGUCCCAGAGGAAUAUUUGAGCCACAAGGAGAAAUAUGAAAAUGGUUUACGCAAGACUUUGUUGUUCUGCAAAGCACUACAAACGUACGAUAAAGAGAGUGCUAAUAAAUCUUUUCAGGAGAAUAUAAGGUUAAAUUUCCGCAAUUCGUUAUGGUCAGCGGUAACAAAGGACACAUCUCCACUCCUGCUUCAUCUGGAAAUGUUCAUGAUAUCCAUUCUUGAACAGGGAACUGAAGAGCAAAGUAAAUAUUGGGGCAAAAAGGCUGCUAAUUUUGAAAUUAUUGGAACGUAUGCCCAGACGGAACUUGGUCAUGGCACAUUUAUACGUGGAUUAGAAACACGAGCAACGUAUGAUGUGGAUACUGAAGAAUUUGUUCUACACAGUCCAACCAUUACUGCUUAUAAAUGGUGGCCUGGAGGAAUGGGACACACAGCAAACCAUUGUGUAGUUAUGGCCCAGCUAUACAUAAAGGGAAAGAAUUAUGGUUUACAGCCAUUCAUGGUGCAAAUUAGAGAUUUGGAAACUCACAUGCCUUUACCAGGAGUAAAAGUUGGUGAGAUCGGACCUAAACUGGGCUUCAACACUGUGAACAAUGGAUUCCUUGGUUUUGAUAAUGUACGGAUACCAAGAGAAUGGAUGUUGAUGAAAAAUGCACAAGUUUUAAAGGACGGUACCUACAAGGCGUCUCCUAACAGCAAGUUGGCGUACGGUGCCAUGGUGUACGUGAGAGUGGUGAUCAUCAACAGCGUGUUCAAAUACCUCUCGCGGGCGGUCACCAUUGCUGUGCGGUACUCUGCCGUCAGACGACAAUCGCAACCCAAGCCAAACGCUCCUGAGCCCCAAAUCAUGGACUAUGUGACCCAACAGCACAAGCUGUUGAUAGCAAUAUCGACGAGCCACGCGUAUCACUUUACCGUUCGCUGGCUUUGGGAUCUGUACAUCAAAACUAAUAAAGAGCUCAAGCGAGGGGAAUUUAAAAAUUUACCCGAACUUCACAUCCUAGCUUGCUCGAUGAAAGUCAUCAGUUCUGCUGACUGUACCGCACUGAUAGAAAAAUGUCGUUUGGCUUGCGGAGGUCAUGGUUACAUGCUGUCGUCAAGUCUGCCGCUAUUGUACGGAGUGAGCACCGCGACUGUUACUUAUGAGGGGGAAAAUACGGUUCUACUUCUGCAAGUUGCAAGAUCAUUAGUGAAAACUUGGGAACAAAUCUCGAAAGGUCACAUAACCGUGAGCCCAUCCGUGGUGUAUCUCUGUAACAGAACACCGGUGCCGAAAUGGGAUAAUUCUCUUGAGGGAAUUCUGCAAAGUUUCAAAAGAGUUGCUAAAGGGAAAGUAUCUACGAGCGUAUCUAGUCUGGAUCAGUACAGAAAAUCUGGAUUGUCUCCCGAGGAUGCUUGGAAUAAAGCGUCUGUCCAACUUAUAGCAGCAGCCGAGGCGCACGCAAGGGUCAUUGUACUCUCAGUUUACAAGGACGAGUUAGAACGAAAAUCAUCAACUCUUUCAUAUCCAUUGGGUACAGUUUUGCUCCAACUUUUAGAACUGUAUUAUAUUUACUGGACCUUGGAGAAGACUGGUGACUUGUUAUUACACACAAGGCUGUCUGAAAAAGAUGUGAGAGAUUUGCAAUAUCGCUAUGAGGAAUUACUGGAGAAAAUUCGACCGAACGCAGUCGGCUUAGUGGAUGCCUUUGACUAUAGGGAUGAGAUUUUAAGCUCUACUUUGGGUGCGUACGAUGGGCGUGCCUACGAGAGACUCAUGGAGGAAGCCUUGAAAAGCCCUCUGAAUGCUGAACCGGUGAACGAGUCCUUUGAGAAAUAUCUCAAACCUUUUAUGCGGGGCAAAUUGUAAGGUUAAAAUUUGUUUUUGAGUAUUGUUUUUUAAAUGUAGUAACAACAAUAUUAUUUAUUGGCCAAAAUAUCUUUUGUGGUUGUAUAAAUUGAGGCUUGAUUAUAUACUUCGUAAUUGUUUAUAGGUUUGUACAUUUUAUAUUUUAAUACUAAUAAGAAUUUCGUGCCCAGUUUAGUU